CUUUACAGAGAAAUUUUGUUUAUUAAAAUUCCAAUGGACCCUAGGUUCAGCGCCCAGGAUGUUCUGCGCUGUGACCUGUGUGAGAUUCCUGUUCCUCCAAUGUACUGUGACUUUUGUUAUGUCAGACUCUGUAAAGCUUGUGUAGGGGAGCAUCUCUCAGAUUUAUCUAAAGAACAUAAAGUGGAGUCAUUCAAACAAAGAAGAUCUACACAAAAUUUCUCGAAAUGUUCCACACACAAAAGCAAGCCUUGUGAACUCCAUUGUGCGAAAUGUGACAUUCCAGUGUGUUCCCUUUGUAUAUCGGGCAAACAUAAAGGGCACACAUUCCUGGACAUUAUUCAGAUAUUUAAUGACAAAAAGGAAGAAAUGAAAAAUGAUCUUCAAGAAUUGGAAAAAUGUUUACAUUCUAAAUAUGAAGGGAUUGCUUCAGAAAUUGGUGUUGAAAAAUCAGGUCUUGAUGGACAGUAUGGGAAACUGACAACAGCUGUCAUCAAACAAGGAGAAGACUGGCACAGAGAAAUUAACAUCACUGUCAACAAACAGAAAUCUGAAAUUGAUGAGAUGAAAACUAAGCACCUGGCUGCUCUAAAUAAACAGGAAAAAGAUAUUAAACAGAUUACUUCUAAUGUAAAACAGAGUAUUCUUGAUCUGAAGAAAAUACUGGACUCCAAUGAUGUCUCUUUAAUCUCUGUGUACAUAUCCAGGAAUGCUGAAUUCAGAAGUUUACCUCCUAAAGUCAAUGUUUCAUUACCAAGUUUCUCUCAUAAGAAGAUCAACACAGAACAGCUCCAUCAAAUGUUUGGUUCUCUGUCAGCAUUAUCCAUUACAACAGAAAAACAUGGCCACACAAUGAAGACACCAGAAGCUGUAUCCUGUCCUCCAGUCAAACCACUGCUUGAUGAACCAAAGCUCAUCACCACCAUAGACACUGGGUAUAAAUAUCUAUACAGUGAUACCUGUCUCAGUGAUGAAGAAAUCUGGACAUGUGGAGAAGACAAAAUCAUGAAACUCUACAACCUCCAGGGCAAACUACUGAAGUCAAUCAAAACCAAGUCAAGGAACAUACCACGUGACAUAGCAGUGACAAGGAGAGGAGAUCUAGUUUAUACUGACCCUUAUAGAAGAACUGUAAACAUAAUGAAGAAUAGGCAGAUACAAGAACUGAUCAGACUACAGGGGUGGAAACCUGACUAUGUCUGUAGUACCUCCUCUGGUGACCUCCUGGUUACCAUGAACAGUGAUGAUGGAGAACAAACAAAAGUUGUACGUUACUCUGGUUCCACAGAAAAACAAACAAUUCAGUUUGAUAGUGAAGGUAAACCUCUGUAUUCAUCUCACUACUUUAAAUACAUCAGUGAGAAUAGGAACCUGGAUAUCUGUGUGGCUGACUAUGGAGCCAGUUCAGUAGUGAUGGUUAAUGAGGCAGGAAAACUCCGUUUUAGAUACACUGGUCAUCCCUCUACUACCAAGGAAACAUUUUAUCCAUACGGCAUCACAACAGACAGUCAAAGUCAGAUCCUGACAGCAGACUGUGACAAUGACUGUAUCCACAUCCUAGAUCAGGACGGACAGUUCCUCCGUUACAUUGAUAGCUGUGAUCUACAGCUUCCAUGGGGUUUAUGUGUAGACACCAGAGACAACCUUUUUGUGGCUGAGUUUUUCAGUGAUAAAGUGAAGAAAAUCAAAUAUAUGUAAACAAACUGUUUUUAAAUAAAAGGAAU